CCUCAACUCUCCUCGUAAAACACUGCCAUCGCAAAGUCGACUUGACCGGCAAUGUCACGCCAGGAAGAUGGUGAAAAAAUACCUUCGCUCGAAGAGUUGAGUGCGUUGGACUUGAUCAACAUGCUGUCUUCCAAGCUCGAGCAAAGCGACGCUUGCCAACGCGCACGUCAGCUCAGGCAUCUUGAAGCGCUGAUCAAGGCUGCCGAGACCGCUGCAGCUCAAGCUGAGCGGCGUGACCUGACUGCCCGCGUACCAAUCAACCGUCUGCCCACUGAAGUGCUCCAGGAGAUAUUCUUGACGAGCUGCACUGUCAAGCUAGCUGAAUACAGAUCUAAGCAUUAUCAAUGCAACAACAUUAUGACUCUCUGGAACCCAACUUGGAUUGACAGGGGCAGAGCAGUCAGUCUCAUGCUCGUCUGCCAUCAUUGGAAAGAGAUCGCCUUGGAAAUCCAGGAGCUCUGGAAUGGCAUUGAAACGUAUCAGAAACCUGAAGAUCAUAUCUUGCCGGCGAGGCCCGCUCAAGGUGCUGGCUUGCCGCGAAUGGGAAGCCACUUAUCAACAUGUUGUUGCGCACGCUCUCCAAAAUAUGGAGCAUUCAUCUCGAAUUCAAGAGUUGUACUGGACAGGCCUUACAUAUCGCGACAGCAGAAAUUAUCUCGGGGUGCCAGCACCCUUGCUCAGGUCUCUCGCAUUGCAUGGGUUCCAGGGUGACAGUGCGCCACUGGCAGAUGGAUCAUUCAAACUCUUCGACAACGAUACCCCGUGUCUGGAGCACCUGUUACUGUCACGUUUGUUUUGGCUGCCCAGCAAUGCAUUCGCCAAACUGACAUUCUUGGCGCUCGACAAAUGCGAGGUACCCAAAGCUCCCAUCAAAUUACGCAGCAUGCUUGCGG